AUGAAGUUCGCCGCACAGUAUCACCCCGCCUUGGAAAUAUCAAAUAUUAGUUGGCCCACACGGAGAAAAGUCCCGUUGAUAUGGUACGAGAGAGGUGACGCUAGUGGGGACAAUGGAAAGGGGAAAAGAACUGAAGAGCGUGAUGUGGGCCAGUCUAAUGCUGUCGGCAAAUGGGAAACGAAUUGCUCUAUCUACAUCUCGUCCUCUCUAUGCCCAACAACAAACAUCAUCUCUCUCCAACCCACCGUAGACGCGGCAAAACACGUAAAAAUCUUCACAUCCACGCAGAACGAAGGAACAAGAUCAUUUAAGCACACCCACAUCUUCGCGAGAAAACUUCAAUCUAAUCGGAAACCUAUAAAGUCAUUCUCCAUGGAGUGUCAAAUUUGCAAUCUUUUUUUCAAUUAA